GUGAACACACGUUCAACGAACUAGCUUCAACACUAAUACAACCUGUCCUGUGGCUGUCCAAUAGGACACUGCAUUAUAUUAUGAGUAGAUAGCUCACUCUUUCUACGUAGGAAAAUUUAAUUCCUCCACGAGCGCAUGCUAAGUAGAUUGGGAAUCGUUUUGGGUAGCUGUAUGUUACUCGCAAACAAAGAAACAUUAAACGAUAUUUUAUGUUAUAAUUAGUACGAAAAAUAUUCGUGAAGGUUAAGCCUGUUCCCGCCUAAACGAGACGCGGUACUUCCGUUUAAAUAUGGCUAUUCGUUUACACAUGAAGCAUGAUUUAUCCAAAGAGAAAGAAAGUGUAUUACAUUUAAUGCCAUGUAAAAUCCGUGGUAACGAGCCCGCGAAGGUUUCCGACUUCUUCACACCUUACAUUCGUAAAAUCGAUGAUGAACAUUAUACGUCUUCAUUCCGUGGGCACCUCAUUCAAGGUAAAAAGAUAACUCCACCUUCCGGAUACAAAGGGCUUAUAUUCCGCGAACGUCAGAAGCCAGACAAUGAAAAUAUGGAGCGGAAUUUUUACGCUACGAGUACAUUCUCCGAAUUUACUUAUUGGAAUUAUGAUAAAUUACCAUCGAAAAAUGACGCCGUGGUACCUGCCAUAGAUUGGAUUGAUAUUGCUGAAGCGCUACAUUCUACAGAAUAAUCAUAAUUAAAAUGAAGUGUACCUUAACAACAGACAGAAUACUAUAUUUUUAAUGAAUUAUUAAACAUUGUUAUAUUUUAAUAUGAAGAUUAAAAUAAAUGGGUGUUUCGUAUA